AUGAACACUGAUCAGAAAGCCUUGCAGUUGCUGUUCCAGCGUCCUUUGGAGCCCGUGUUUACGACUCGUGACGGCGGCAAGACUGUGUUCGAUUUGUCCGAUACUUUCUAUACGGAUCGCUAUCGGAAUAAUACGCAGGAGGUGUCCGAUCGCUUUGGCCAGGAUGUGGAAGUGAAAAUUCCGCUGCAGGAGCCAGCCAAAAUACCCAAUCUAAGCUUUGCCAAGAGCCUAGGCAGGAAGAAGCAAUUUUCGCUGUUCAAUACGUCUCAUCGUGAUAUUGCCACCGAGUUGAUUAAGAUCUUCCUGGCUGCGCCCAAUGUGCAGCAGCUGGCUUCCAUUGCUGCCUACUGCAAGGAUCGCGUCAAUCCCGUUAUGUUCCAGUACUGCUACGCUGUGUGCAUUGCUCAUCGUCCGGAUACGCGCGAUGUGGAUAUUCCCAAUGUCUCGCAGGUCUUCCCAGCUAACUUUGUGGAGCCUUCGGUACUGCAGGAUGCUCGCCAAGAGGCCUCUGUCAUUGGCAAGGCCGGCAAUCGUAUGGUGCUAGAGAUACCCGUCAAUUAUACGGCCUCAGAUCGCGAGGAGGAGCAUCGUUUGGCCUAUUUCCGUGAGGAUAUUGGCGUCAACAGCCAUCACUGGCACUGGCAUUUGGUCUACCCGGCCAGCGGCACCAUGGAGAUCGUCAACAAGGAUCGUCGUGGCGAGCUGUUCUACUACAUGCAUCAUCAGAUCAUUGCGCGCUACAAUGUGGAGCGCUACUGCAACAAUCUGAAGCGUGUUGCGCCACUCAACAAUGUGCGCGACCCCGUGCCCGAGGGCUACUUCCCCAAAAUACUGUCCAGCGUUCUCAAUCGCACCUAUCCAGCACGCAUUUCCAAUCAGCAGCUGCGCGACGUCGAUCGUCCCGAUGGUAAGGUAGAGCUUUCUGCGCUGGAGCAAUGGCGCGAUCGCGUGCUGGCUGCCAUUGAUCGGGGCUUUGUGGAGAAUACGAGUGGACAACGCAUUCCGCUGGAUGAGGUGCGCGGCAUUGAUAUUCUGGGCAAUAUGAUUGAAGCCAGCCCCCAAUUGUCUGUCAACAGUCAGUUCUAUGGCAAUUUGCAUAACGAGGGCCACAAUGUCAUCAGCUUCUCGCACGAUCCCGACAAUCGCCACUUGGAGGAAUUCGGCGUGAUGGGUGAUGUCACCACAGCCAUGCGUGAUCCCAUUUUCUACAGAUGGCACAGCUUCAUUGACGGCAUUUUCAACAAGCACAAGGCACUGCUGGCGCCCUACAAUGCCGCUCAGCUGCAGUUCCAGGGCGUUAAGGUGGACUACAUUGAGGCCAAGCUGGGCGUGGCUAACGCUCGUCCCAAUACUUUGCUCACCUACUGGCAAAAGUCUACAGCCAACUUGGCUGCAGGUCUGGACUUCGGACCAGCUCAAGAUGAGAACAUUGGCGCUUCCUUUACGCAUUUGCAGAAUGCUCCUUUCACCUUUACUUUCAAUGUGACCAACAGCUCGGGCGGCCCGCUCAAGGGUAUGUGCCGCGUUUUCAUUGCUCCCAAGUCUGAUGAGCACAAUCAUGCGCUGACGCUGGAGGACCAACGUCUGCUGGCCGUAGAAUUGGACAAGUUUACCGUCGAUCUGAUGCCUGGCGUAAACACAAUUCGCCGUCAAUCAACUGAAUCCUCGCUCACUAUUCCAUUUGAGCGUACAUUCCGCGCCGUUGGCGCUAGCUAUCAGCCAACUGCAGCGGAUGAGCUGGCUCGCUUCCGUUUCUGCGGCUGCGGCUGGCCACAACAUAUGUUGCUGCCCAAGGGCAAGCCCGAGGGCAUGGUCUUUGAUUUGUUUGUCAUGAUUUCGGACUACGCACAGGAUGCAGUGCAGCAGCCAAACAACCUGCCCAACGAUGCCUGCAGCACUGCGUUCUCGUUCUGUGGCCUUAAGGACAAGCUGUACCCGGAUAAGCGCACCAUGGGCUAUCCAUUCGACAGACGUCUGCCCAACAAUACGCUGAGUGCUUUGGUGGACAGCUUCAGCAACAUGACCAAGACUGAUUUGACUAUUAAGUUCAGUGAUCGCGUUGUUCAGUGAUCGCAUAGCAAAACACUCAUCGCAUAUAAAUUGGAACUUGGCAUUUACACGGA